CAAAACUAAAGACAAGCGAAGUCCUUGAGUGAAAAUGCAUCCGCUCUCAAAACCUUUGGCAUUGUUAAGCAGAGGAAUGGUUGCAGCGUGUGUACGGCAUCACUCUUCUCUUACAACUGAACUGAUGGAAAACAUGGAUAAGAAAGCAACCUGGGACCGUUUCUACACGGAGAACAGCAGCAGGACAGCCACCUUCAAAAACUUCGAGUGGUUCUUUGGUUUUGAUUCUGUACAGGACUUCAUUAUGCCCUUUUUGCAGGCUAAGUCUGAUCCAGAUGCUCUGCUCCGAGUUCUAGACAUGGGCUGUGGCACCUCAGCACUGGGGCCCGGUAUUUACAGACACUCUCCUCUCCCGGUCCGGGUCACUUGUGCUGACAUUUCCCCCAUAGCUGUGCGACUAAUGCAGGAACACGUUCAAGCUAAACCUAUUCAACCUCACAAUGCUUCCUCUCAGCUUGAGUUUGUAGAGUUGGACUGCACACAUCUUCACAAGCAUUAUGGUUCCAGCAGUGUGGACCUGAUAGUUGACAAGGGCACCACGGACGCCUUGUUGAGGUCCAAGGAAGGGAAAGGAAAGGCCGGCCAGGUGCUGAAGCAGUGUUUGAAGGUGUUGCGGAGCUCGGGAUCUCUGCUCCAGUUCUCUGAUGAGGACCCUGAUGCCAGGCUGCUGUGGCUGGAGACUGAAGCGCAGGAGCCGGGGGUGAUGGCAGCAGACGUUGGGGUGCAGGAGGUUGGGGAAUUAAGGGGAGUGUGGUACUACUGCUACCAAGUAACUCCUCGCUUUAUUAUACAGCAGUAACUUUCUUUAUGUCACAUGAAUAAAUUAUUGAAAAUGAUUGUAAAAAUAGAAAAAGAUGGAUGUGUUUUUCUCAACUGGCUUAUACUGCAUUGUUGAUAUAUUUUUUAUUUAAACUCCAACUCCAAGACAAGUUAUGUAUUUAAUAUAUUGUAAAUUUGAGCCAAAUACAUAUUUAGAAUAGGUUGAGACAUUCACAGUUCAGUUAUGAUACUAGUGUUUUCUGAAUUCUGCAUCUACACCGAUUAACUGUAAUGUAAUGAUUUUUUUAGAGUUGCAAGUGUUUUUCCUCUCAGUCCCUCUUAUUAUUUGUUAUCCAACGCCAUCUAGUGGCCAGAACACUGUCUCACCCAGCGUGUUAUAAUGCAGAGGUGUCCAAACUGUUCCACAAAGGGCCGUGUGGCUGCAGGUUUUUGUUCCAACCAAUCAAGAGCACAGUUUGUGCUGGUGC